CGCAAAGGGCAGCGACCUCCGCCCUGUGACCUCUCCCCUCUCCUGCGGGCCCAGGGAGACGGUUACCAUGGCUCUCUAUGUGAAGGCGGCCGCCGUCCUGGGGCAGCUGGAGGGCAAGCGGGGUUCGGUGAAGACCCUGGUUUAUAACAGCGGCCACAAGAACAUUAAGCAGCUGUUUGCGCUGGUGUGUGAAACACUGAAGUACACGUCUGUGUUGAAUGAAAUUAUUGGCACAACAGAUCUACUGAAGAAGGAGAAGAAAUUGCAGAUGAAUGUUGCCAAGGUACUGGUAUAUGACCUCCUGUUUGGGAAGGGCUUGAAGUGUGGUGGCAGCUGGAAAGCACUGAUCAUGAAACAUCGUUCCCAAUUAAAAUCAGCACUUGCAAGACUGAAGGUGAAGAGGAAAGUCAGCCGCAAUGAGGAUCUUAUCGAAACAAAAGCUUCCAGUAUGGAAGCUUGCCAGCUGCCUCGCUACGUCCGAGUGAAUUUACUGAAGAGCAACACUGAGGAUGUGAUUGACUACUUCAAACGUGAGGGUUACACUUACCUGGGGCAGGCUACCAGUAUAGCUGAUCUGAGGCAGCUUGAUCAGAAACAAUUCAUCAGUGACCUUCACCUCUCAGAAUUGCUGGUUUUUCAUUCAAAGAUAAAUCUUCAUGAACAUUUCUUGUACACUGCUGGGCAUAUCAUUCUGCAGGAUAAGGCCAGUUGUCUACCAGCACACUUCUUGAACCCUCCAGUAGGUUCUCAUGUGAUUGAUGCAUGUGCAGCUCCUGGGAACAAGACAAGCCACCUUGCUGCUAUUCUCUGUAAUAAAGGGAAACUCUUUGCCUUUGAUCUUGACACCAAACGUUUGGCUACAAUGGGCACUCUGCUGUUGAGGGCUGGAGUAACAUGCCAUGAACUGGCCAAUCAGGACUUCAUGCUUGUGGAUCCCAGCGACUCCAAGUACCAGGAUGUGAAAUAUAUUCUAGUGGACCCAUCAUGCAGUGGUUCUGGAAUUGUAAGCCGCUUGAACCAGCUCACAGAUGAUGAGGAGUCAUCGUCUAAACAACGCCUGCAGGCACUUGCGAGUUUCCAGUGCAAAGCCCUCGGCCAUGCCUUGCGCUUCCCAAACGUGGAGCGGGUCAUUUAUUCAACAUGUUCAAUUCAUCAUGAAGAGAAUGAGGAUGUUGUCAAGGAGAUACUACAGCAACACAGCAACCGAAUCAGGCUGGUCAAUCUGAUGCCCUCAUGGCCAUUGCGUGGUCUGGACACAUUCCCGGAAGGUCCAUGGUGUAUCCGCGCGACACCCAGUGACACCUUGACCAAUGGGUUUUUUGUUGCCAUGUUUGAAAAGCAGCCUGGAGAGAAAGGGUCUGAGCAUAGGAGAAAAAGCUCUGCUGAAGGGGUGAUAUCACUUCCCACAGCUGACCUUACUCCUUCGAGCAUAACAGAACAAAAACUUGUGGCUUCUUCACUAUUUGCUCAGUCCAGGAAGGCAAAACUGAAAAAGCUGAAGAAACGGAAAGUCAAGUCAUUUGUAGCUGGUGUAGAGGAGAUGAACGGAAUGUAAGGAUCUACUGUGGAAUACUUUUGGUAUAGUCCUCCAAUCUGUUGGUGAUGAUUCUGACAAAGAAACAAAAAGUAAAAUAGAAUAGAUCAUCUUUGAAUAUAAAUUAACCCCUUUAUAUGAUAUAGACAAAGAAUGUCCUCAGGUCAAGUUGGAGUCAACUGAUCACCUAUGUGUGGUGUUACUAUUCCUCUCUCUUCUUUGCCACUUAGUGGAUAAAACUGAAGUGUAUUUUUCCUCUAUUAUCUUCAGACUAAAAAGCAAAUUGAUUUUGACAUGGGGAUCAUCAGCUCUAGGGGUUUAUGUCAGAGCUAAUUCUCAACAUCGUUUGCCUGUUUAUAUCCCUCAGAUGUGGGGGUCAUGAAGAAAAUGUGUAAAAUAACUUGCUCAGUCAGAGCUUUGCUGGAAGUGUCUGCUGUGAGUCUAUUUCACAAUUAGUUUGUUCUGUGUUGUAUAUGGUCAGGUAAAUUUAUAGGUAUUCCUUUUGUCAAUUUGAACACUGCCAUGAAAUGUAAUUGAAAAAUAAAGCAUAACUAAGAAGCCAAA